GGGAGCGGGGCUCUCAACAGACCGGUGCCCAUGAACCUGUUUGCAACAUGGGAGAUAGAUGGAUCCUCCCCGAACUGCAUCCCGAGAUUGUGCAGUCUGACUCUGAAGAAGCUGGUUGUGAUGAGAGAACUUGAUAAAGAGCUCAUCUCUGUGGUCAUAGCGGUUAAAAUCCAGGGCUCCAAACGGAUUUUGAGGUCCCAUGAGAUAGUGCUGCCACCCAGUGGGUCUGUGGAGACCGAUCUGGCUCUCACCUUUUCACUGCAGUACCCUCACUUCUUAAAGCGAGAAGGAAACAAGCUGCAGAUCAUGCUGCAAAGGCGAAAGAGAUACAAGAACCGAACUAUCUUGGGCUACAAGACCCUUGCAGUGGGAUCCAUUGAUAUGGCCGAGGUGAUGCAGCACCCGACAGAGGGAGGCCAGGUCCUGCCUCUCUGCAGCAACCAGAAAGAAAUGCUGGGGAAGGUGGCAGAGAUCUGGAUCUUUUCCCUGUCCAGUCAGCCAAUAGACCACGAGGAGGCAGCCCUGCAGGGAGGACAGAAGAUCAAAUGCUCCGAUAACUACUCAGAGGAAGAGUAUGAGAGCUUCUCCUCGGAGCAGGAAGCCAGCGACGAUGCUGUGCAGGGACAGGAUCUAGAGGAUGACGAGUACGAUGUGAGAAAGCCAAAGAAGCAGAGGAGGUCGAUUGUGAGGACACCCUCCAUCACCAGACAGCAGAACUUUAAACAGCGAGUGGUGGCUCUUCUGAAGCGGUUCAGAGUUUCAGACGAGGUGUUGGACUCAGAGCAGGACCCUGCAGAGCCGCCUCCUGAGGUGGAGGAAGAGGACCUGGACCUGGACAGUGUGGAGUUUGAGAACCCGAGUGACAGCGGCCCGGAGCUUGAUGACGACGACAGCGUCCUCAGCACACCAAAACCCAAACUCAAGCCAUAUUUUGAGGGUCUCUCCCUCUCCAGCUCUCAAACUGAGAUCGGGAGCAUCCACAGCAGCCGGAGCCACAGGGAACCUCCCAGCCCGAUUGACCCAGAUAAAACCAAGUGUGGUGGGGCCAAAUUUCCAGAUGACAGUGUGUCUGACAACGUCUCUUUUGAGCAGCCAGAGGCGGUGACUCCGACCACAGAGCUGGAGAUGGACAACAUGGACACAUUUUUAGAGAGACUGCCACCAAGUGGCAAAAUGACCAAGACAGAGUCCCUAAUCAUUUCAUCCAACAGGCAAGAACCGAAGUUGGCAGGGAGGCGAGGCAGGAGCACGUCACUGAAGGAGCGCCAGCCCAGCAGGCCGCAGAACGAGAGGGCCAACAGCCUGGACAACGAGCGGUCCCUGGACACACGCUGCCACCUACAGAUCCCAAGAAAGACAGUGUAUGACCAACUAAACCACAUCCUGGUGUCUGAUAACCACCUCCCUGACAGCAUCAUUCUCAUCAACACAUCGGACUGGCAGGGCCAGUAUCUUUCAGAUAUGCUGCAAAACCACCAUCUACCAGUGGUCUGCACCUGCACCACAGCCGACAUCCAAGCUGCAUUCAACACCAUCGUCUCCCGUAUACAGAGAUUUUGCAACUGUAACUCCCAGACGCCCAUUCCCAUAAAGAUCGCAGUGGCUGGAGCGCAGCACUACCUCAGUGCUGUUCUGAGGCUUUUUGUGGACCACCUUUCCCAUAAGACCCCUGACUGGCUCGGCUACAUGAGGUUCCUUAUCAUCCCUUUAGUCUCCAAAUAUCUCGCAACUAUUGACUAUCGAUAAAGUUUGUUCCAGGACGCUGCUUGGAGGGACCUGUUUCACAAGCCAGAGCUCCCUGUUGUUGGAGAACCAGACGUAGUGUCAAGGGUAACUCAGUACAUGAUGGGAGCUAAACGGAAGCUCAACCAGCUUCCAUGCGCAGAGGCCAUGCUCACCCUACAAACAGAAAAGAGAGCUUUCAAUUUUGAUUUUGCAGUAAGCCCUGAUGAGGACUCAUGUCAGAAAUUCAUCCCUUUCAUUGGUAUGGUGAAAGUCGGCAUCGUGGAGCAAACAUCUGCAACAUCAGGAGACUCUGAUGACGCAGCACCUCUGGGUUCCUUGCUGCUCUCGUCCACUCCUCCACAAAUAUCACCCGCUCUCAAAGAGGCGUCGCCCACCCCACCUUCCUCACCCUCUGUCACCACUAGCUUCUGUGCUUACAGUUCUGUAGGUCAGACGGAACUGAUGGGACUUCAGGUGGACUACUGGGUGGCUCCGACAGAAAGGAAGAAAGACAUGGAGAAGCGGGACUCCUCCUCCAAAAACACUCUGAAGUGCAAUUUCCGCUCGCUGCAGGUCAGCCGGCUGCCACUGGGGGGCGCAGAGCCGAGCCCCCAGCCCACCAUGUCCAUGACUGUGGUGACCAAGGAGAAGAAUAAGAAGGUCAUGUUCCUGCCAAAAAAGAGCAAAGACAAGGAGGUAGAGUCGAAGAGUCAAGUGAUCGAGGGCAUCAGCCGGCUCAUCUGCACUGCCAAGCAACAGCAGACCAUGCUGAGAGUAUUGAUUGAUGGCGUGGAGUGGAACGAUGUCAAGUUUUUCCAGCUGGCGGCGCAGUGGUCCUCGCACGUCAAACACUUUCCCAUCGGGAUCUUUGGACACACAAAAGGCCCUUACUAGCAGCACCUAAGAGACUGAAACACUGAGGACAGCCCCCCUCCUCUCUUCCCUUUCCCUUGUGCCAACAGCUUUUAACCCCCCUCCUCCCUACUUUCCCCCUGCACACUUCUUCUAUUCUAUUGUCUUAAUUUAAACUCCUGCUUUUAUCGUUGCAUUUGUCCAAUUAUUUAAUCUUUUGCGUGUUUUUUUUUAAUUUUCUAUUUAUGUAAAAACGUCUCGAGGCAAUGCUGCCAUGGGAAUAUUUCUUUACUCAGCUUUUUAAAAGAAGAAAUCCUGCUGAUGUUUUAUAGACUUUUGAGAAGAAAAAAAAAACCUAAUUAAAUAAUAAUUAGAAAUUACUUCUAACCUUUAACAUACUGUAUGAGUGCCCAGGUUUCACCCUCUGCCAUCAUUUUUUAUUUUAUUUGGUGAGGCACAGUACAUUUAAUCAAGAAUAUAUUUAAAAAAACAAGAGCAGAUGCCUUGUAAUGAAGUGGAAGAGGUCAUGGUCAUCUUAUUUCCCAACCAUGAUGAAGAUAUUUUUGGAUUCUCAACUUCAGAGACUGUUGUCGAUUUGUCGUCUUAAUCCUGAAGAAGAAAAAUUAAACGGCCCCAGACCUUUGGCUCUCUGCACUCAAUGAAGAAGUCUAAUGUGCAAUAGGCUGAAUACUGUGUGAAUGCAAUUCUGAAUAAUAACCUGGCACUGUUAGGAGAUUACACACUGCUCUUAGUUGUGAUUUUCAAUCUAUGUAACCCCCUCUUCUUCAUUACUUUCUCCUUCUAGUAAAUUGGCUUGAGGUUUGAAGAGUUUUUCUCCAAAGUGAGAAAUGUAAUUAGAAAAGUCAGACACACCUGCUUUUUAAGAAAAUGAUUAAUAGCACAAAAUUAACUACUUUAUGGAAGGAAUUACACACGUAAAGGAAUACAUUGGCAUUUUGGGAAAUACGUUUAUUUGCUUUCUUGCCGGGAGAUAGAUGAGAAGAUCAAUAACGCUUUAAAGUCUGUACGGUAAAUAUAGGUAGAACCAGCAGCUUAGCUUAACGGGGGAAACAGCUAGCCGAGCUCUGCCCAAGGAUAACAAGAUCCUUACCAGCACCUCUAAAGCUAACUGAUUAUCAUGUCAUAUCUUUAAUCUGUACAAAAACAAAGAAUAAAAACGACAAGUUGUGGUUGUAUGGGGGGGUUUACAGGAAAUAGUCCGGCACAUAACCCACUGGAAAACCACAACUUGUCGUUUUUAUGGUUUUUGUAUGAAUUACUCAAAAGGGAAAUAAAAUACGGACAGAGCUAUGCAAGCUGUUUCCCCGUUUCCUGUCUUUAUGCUAAGCUAAGCGAACCGGCUGCUUGCUAACAGCUAGCCUGGCUCUGAUCAAAAGUAACAAAAUCUGCCUACCAGCAUCUGUAAAGCUCACUACUGUAAUUCACACAUUAUAUCUCCUUUGUUUGAUUUGUUCAAAUACUGAGCCAGACUAGCUGUUUCCCUGUUUCUAGGAAUGGCUCAAUACCACUUCUUCAUGUCUGAUACCAAUACAGAUACUGACACCUUGAGUAUCCAUCGAUACUGAUAUCAGUCCGAUCGAAAAUCGAUCGAAAUCUUUUUUCAAAAGCCUCAAAUCUUUUUUCAAAAGCCUCAAAUCUUAUCGGCUUUUAAAUUAACUUCAACUUCGUGCCAUUUCCUCUCGGUCUCUGACUGGACCGAAUCAAAGGAGUAAAAGUUAUAUUGCUAGGGAGAUAUCGCCAUCUAUUACAGUAUUAUGGCAUUGAUUCACACGUAGCAGAUUUGUCAGCAAAACAUUAAUUCUGUGAACUCUACUCCAGCAUACUUCAGCAAAAACAGGUUUCAAGUUACACCUCAUUUCUACCCUACCUAUGUGAACUUAAAAAUAGUAACAUCAUGCCUCUUUUUAGGUGGCAGGAGUGAAAAUUUUGCAUCCUCAACAUUUGUUGUGUUUUACAGGAUGAUAAUUUUUUCUGGGCAACUAUGAUGUUUUUCCCAAAGGAUGUACAGAUUUUUUAGGCAUAUUAUCCCAACUGGCUUUAAAAACAGUGCAUAUAGCUGCUGCAAAUGAGAAAAGAUAUCCCUGGGGAAUCUGGGCUAAGCUCCGACUGUUUACAGUGUCUGGCUCUGCCCCUGAUCAGCACUUCUCUACCUGUAUCCAGUCUUUGUGCUAAACUAAACUAAUCGCUGGCUGUAGCUUCAUAUUAACUCUCAGCAACAAAGCAAAUACUCCCCAAAAUGUCUAUUUAAGCUUGGUAUAUAUUUUAGAUUUAGAUUUUACAGAGUGGUUUCUCUGUAUUAAUUAGCUUGCUGACGUUUAUUUUAGAAAGAACUCUUCGUCCCCAAGCCCCACACUCCUCUGACACACUCCAUAUCUUUUGCUAAAAGCAAAUGUUACUUUUGCCAAAGGAAUACUCAUCAACUGCAGCUCACUCGUUACCUGUGUGGUAUUAUAGAAGACUUCAUAAUGUAGAGGUGAAUGUAUUGAAGGUACCUUAAUGUAAAGCACUUUUAAAUGUUUGUCCAUUAUAGAGUAGUGUGUUAUAAACCUACCCGGGAACCUGCAGGUAUGACUGACUGUGGUUCACAGAGGCACAUGGACAGACACUGUAUCUGUCUUUAUAUCUGAGCUGAACAACAGCACAAGCAGUGGUGUUCAUGGCAUAGUUUAUAUGCAAAGCAAACCAAGCACCUGCAUCCUCUCAGUGCUGUGUAAUAUCACUUUAUGCUCAGUGUGUAAGGCCUCGUUGGACUAUUUAGAUUUUAGUUUAAUAUUCUGUAAGGUUAGUCUAGAAUGUGUUUGUGAUGUUAAUUCAAAAAUCUUCUGUUAUGUAGAUUUUGCUCAAUCUUUUGUUGACUGUUAAGCAUAAAACUAAAAAAAAAAAGUAUUUUGCUUAUAAAAAUUUUGUUCAGUAGCAGUUUCAUCAUAACCUUUGCCAAUUUCUUGAUAAGUGCCUAAAUUGCUUAAUUUUGACAAAUCAACAGAAAUCUUUUGUCCCUGGCUAACAUGGUGCUGAUACUGGUCUGACAACAACAGAAUAUCUCAAUACAGUGCAUUGAUUUUUGCAGUUUAAACACAUGCAGUCAAGCUUGUUAACUGGAGGUAGGGAGAAUCACGCGCUGGACAGUCGGCUCUCAAACAUGGGUUUUAAAUAAUUAAAAGAACAACACAGCCCAUUAGUGUUGAGCAUAUAUUUGUUUCUCUAUAUAGCAGAUGUUUUAGAUGUUUUGGUUUUUUUCAUGUUGUCUCAGAGAAAGGCUUGUUGAAACUGAACGUUCCCUAAAGACUACCACUGUAAUCCCAAAACUUGGAGUAAUAAAACUACUAUACACACUAAAAUGUA